AGAAAGAGAAGGAGUAAAUAGCAAUAUAAAAUAAUAAAUUAUAAGAUCCGUCGUAGAGAGACGAGUAGCCUCCGUCCCGUCCCCCGAUUCAGAACUCUCUUCUUCUUCUGCCAUGUCAUGAUUCUUCUUCUUUGCUCACCCUUUUGAUAGAUAGAUAAGAUCCAUCGCAUUCUCUCGAUUCGAGGAAGAUGGUGCUGCCGUUGAUGAAGCUGGGGACGCUACUGGUGAAAACGAUAAGUAAGCCAUUGGCAAGUCAGCUGAAGCACCAGGCCAAGGUUCAUCCCAGGUUCCGUCAAUCCAUCAUCAACUUCGCCCAGAGGAACCACAGGGUGACGACGCAGAUACAGAGGAGGAUCUAUGGGCACGCCACCGAUGUGGAGAUUCGUCCCUUGAACGAAGAAAAGGCUGUUCAAGCUGCUGUUGAUCUCAUCGGAGAGCUCUUCAUCUUCGCCGUCGGUGGAGGCGUUGUUAUCUUUGAGGUGCAGAGAAGUUCCCGUUCUGAAGCUAGGAAAGAGGAAGCCCGUAAGCAGGAACUUGAGGAGUUAAGAAUAAAAGAUGAAGAACUGGAAAAGAAAAUGGCUGAUCUCCAGAGCAAACUAGCGGAGGUUGAAGAGCUUGCUAAGGCACGGGGACUGACCGGUUUUUUUAAGGUAAAACAGCAACCCGGUACCACUACAAAGGGUAGCUCCGAGAAACCAGACGCAAAAUCCAGUGAAUCAUCGUCAUCAUCUUAAUCAAUGGCCAAGGCUCAACCAAAGUUUACAAUAAAAUACUGGUAAUGAUUCUUGAAGAGCUGAGGAGUUUCCAAAUUCUCUCCUUCAUAUUCUUGUAGAUCGAGCAUCAUCAUAGAUACAUACAUGUACCGUCUUCAUCAUUAAGAACAAUCUGCUUUAUAACAACUAUCUAGUCAAAUUAGGUGACAAAAAAAAAAGGUUUUGAUGUUGAGGUUUCA